AUGGCGGCGAUGGCCGUCCCCUGCCGCGUCUCCAAAGAGUUUCAAGCGCUGGAAAAAUCUGAGCCGCUGCUGCAGGAGAAUAGCCGGAGAUGGGUCAUGCUGCCGAUCAAAUAUCCCAAAGUCUAUGAGAUGUACAAAAAGCACGUGGCCUCCUUCUGGACCGCAGAGGAGAUCGACCUCGCGCACGAUAUGGCAGACUGGCAGAAGUUGUCGGAGAAUGAGCAGCAUUUCAUCAAGCACGUCCUAGCCUUCUUCGCAGCAUCGGAUGGCAUCGUCUUGGAGAAUUUGGCGACCAACUUUAGUGCAGAGGUGCAAAUUCCCGAAGUGAGAGCUUUCUAUGGAUUUCAGAUGGCCAUGGAGAACAUUCAUUCUGAAACGUACUCCCUGCUGAUCGAUCGCUACAUCCAAGACCCUGUGGAAAAGGAUUGCGUCUUCAAUGCAGUUGUCACCAUGCCAGCAGUGGAAGAGAAAGCCAAAUGGGCGGUGCAAUGGAUGAGCCAAGAUUGUAGUUUUGCUGAACGUAUCGUGGCCUUUGCAGCAGUGGAGGGAAUCCUCUUCAGCGGUUCCUUUUGCGCCAUCUAUUGGUUGAAGAAGCGCGGCUUGAUGCCCGGGCUUUGCUACUCAAAUGAGCUCAUCUCCAGGGACGAGGGUCUGCAUGCGGAUUUCGCCUGCCUCAUCUACAGCAUGCUGCAGCGCCGGUUGCCCGACGAGGUGGUCCAUGCCAUCAUCCGAGGGGCGGUGCAGGCGGAGCGGAAGUUCAUUUGCGAAGCCCUUCCGUGCAACUUGCUGGGCAUGAACUCGGUACUGAUGGCGCAGUACAUCGAAUUUGUGGCGGAUCGGCUCUUGGUUUCCUUGAACCAUCCCAAGAUCUUUCACAGUUCGAAUCCAUUCGACUGGAUGGAGAUGAUCAGUCUGCAAGGGAAGACCAACUUCUUCGAAAAACGUGUGGGGGAAUAUCAGAAAGCUGGCGUCAUGGCCACCAUGAACAGCAUCAACACUGACACAACUGUGCCGGAGACGGAGAAGCACCACGCGUUUUGCAAAGCUGUCAAGCGACGCCCGAAGGAUGCUGAUACUUCGGCUAUGAGGCGUCCCAAGCCCGAAGCCGCCGCAUUUCCUCCAUCACAGCCGCUGCCUACCAAGGAGGCUGCCAAAGCAGGUGGGCUGAGGUCAAAGAAUCCCACUCUUCUGCAGCCCAAAGCCGCGGCCAACGCAGCAGCCCUGAGGGAGCAGAUCCGCUCCAAAGUGAUCGAACGCCACUGCUUGCAGCAGAUUGCAGCAACACAGGAGCCGGCCGCUCCUCUUCCGACCCAGGAGAAGUUGGAGACUUCGAAGCAGGUGGAAGAGGUGAAGAAAAAUGGCCCCAAGAGGAAGGGCAAGAAAGAUGCUGAGGUCCGGAAGAAGAAGGAGGUGGAAGUCUCAGUUUCCACAGGUGCCAAGAAGGCCGACAUGAAGAAGAGUCGUGACCCCGACGUGGAGGCUGCUCUGCAGAAGUUGGCCAAGACCGCGCCGGUCAGCUCCGGACGCGUGAGCGGCCCGGAGCUGCUCCGGGAGGCACAAGAACUGCUCUCGCGUUUGGAAGCUGAAGAUUUCCUGCGGGAGUUGGAGACCGAAGAGGAGCGCGCCAAACGCGCGGCAGGCAAAAAGAAAGCCAAGAAGGCGCGCGCACGAGCGAAGGACAAGAAAGCGGAGCCAGAGAAAACUGCUCCCGUGGAGGCCUUCAGCAGCCCGCCAGCGCCGCAACCCUUGGAGGAAGUGUCCAGUGAAUCGGAGGUGGAGGAGAAGAUCACGGCGCUGGAAGACAAGAAUUCCAGCCCCUCGUCCGUGGAGGACAGCACGGAAGUGCAGUCCCUGGAUGACGACCGACUCUCCUCCGACUCGGAGCGCAGCUCAUCGAAGAAGGGUAGCGGUGCCUCGCCGCCCUGCACACCGCCGGAGCCCUCCAGCUGGAGCCAUGACAGCCAUGGCAGCCAGCGGCUUCGCUCCUGGGCGGAUGUGCAGGACGAGACCACCUGGAAUGACGUCGCGGAAGUCGUGCUUCCGACCCGACGCCGAAAUGGUGGUGUUGUGAACCUUCCGCAGCCGCAGGAGGUGAAACGCACGGCCAAGCCUGCCAAGGCCCCGGCGCCAGCUGCCCCCAACCGGGGACAGGCCCGGGCCCCGCAAGAAGCAGACAAGGGGGACAAGGCGUGGCGCGGCAAGGCGCCCUGGGCAAAGGAAGAGGCCCCACGCCAGCGGCCCUGCAACUAUGCAGAGGCGGCUGGGGGUCAUCGCCUCCCUGUGGAAGUACAAGAGUUGAUGAGCAGCAUGGGUAUCGCUGGCUCCCGCGAUGAUCUCAUCGCUUUUCUGAACGCCAACAGUUCCAAGGAAUGGCGCGCAUGGAAAGGCGAUCUGUCCUCCUACAGCAUGAAGGACCUAAGUGGCUUUGCCAGCGAGCUCUUGAAGCGCAUGGAGCAACCCGAGAUGCCCCGUGGAGCUGAUGGUUUCGACGGAGCUGUGGCUGGUGCGCAGAUUUUGGAAUGGGUGCGAGGAGGAAAGACGGAUUACAAGGAGACGUGGACAUCGUCAACAGACACACCUGAAGCACAGAGUCACUUACGCGCCGAGGCUCCGGAAUUUGUGCCAGCGGCAGAAUCGUCAGAGGUUGCACCAACCAUCAUGACCGUCGCAGUGCCUGCGGAGCUUCCGCCGGGCUGCCAAAUCGUGAUGGUACCCGUGCAGCUGGGACAGAUGCCGCAGAACAUGGUGUUUGAGGAGCAAAUGUCAUCAGAAAUGCCCGUGGCAAUCAUGCCGGGUCCUCCUUAUGGAGGGAUGCAGAUGAUGGCUAUGCCCUGUGAACUCCCAUCGAUGGAAUCGCCGGAAGCGCCUCAAACUCCAGUGGAAGCCACGGUUGAGGAGAAAACACCCGAGUACUGUGGCUAUAACACGGACGACGAGUGCGAAUCAAUUUUUGGAGACGCUGCCGAGAGCACCCUGAGACGUCAGAAGACGUUCUGAGGGACGCUGUUCACGCGUCUAGCGUCUCCAGUCCGCAUCGCGGUCACAGCCGUGCGAGUUGUUCAUUCGUUGGAACCGUUGGAGUUUGAGUCGAACUGAGCGAACUGAUUGUUUGAAUGGUUGGGAUAGUUGAGAUCCAGGAGAGUUGCCGUGCCAGCGCAACUCUAUGUUAGCCUUUGAUCUUUUGAAGCAGGCUUGCGCAUCAGGAGGAGUUACCAUGACAC